CUCCAACGUCCUACAGCAAGGUACAAUCGCUUUCCAUGGGAGCUCAUGCUUCGGCCAGGGUUGGAGUCAAAGGAUUCAUCGACGUUAGCGACCUUCUGGCGAUUUAUUUCAUGCAAUCGUCACGCUUGUCACGUAACGGUUGGGACUGCUGUUUUCGCCCUUCGCCGUGAUCCAAACCUUGAGCUCGAGUUAACCACUCUUGGGAAGAGCUAACAACUGAUUCCCGGACCCUUACUCAAUCCAGCGAGCCAAUGAAUUUACUCAGUACUGCUAUCCUUGUUGACAUAAGGCCGCCUUUUUUCGGAUGGGGACUCGAGAGAGCUGGAUCAGCUACUUAAAUCCUCUCCCGCCUGGCAAUAUGAAGCUAUUCAUCAUCUCCCCCCCCCGCUCUAGUCCUUUAUCCUCAACACUUUCCGUCUUCUCAAAUGAUUUCGAAGCUGAUGCACUCUAUGACUAUGUGUUAUAAUGAACUUGCCCGAUUGUAUCUCCUCUCUGUCCUUGAACAGGGCGUCAAGAAGGGAGAGCUUGUCGUCCAGGAGGGAGGUGCUGUUCGUCAUACUUUCGGUAACCCCAAGACCGGCCGUUGCAUCGGUGGCGUAGCUAUCCAAGUCAAGGACGAACGAUUCUGGGGGAAAGUGCUAGGUGGCUCAGAUUUAGGCUUCGCUGAAGCGUACAUGCUUGGAUACGUGGAUUUGGAGGACAUCAAGAAAGUCCUGAAUGUUUACCUGGACAACCGUGAUUCCAUGACGGCGAUGGCAACUCCAUUCUACCGUCUGUACUCUGUCCUGUCCGGUUUCAAGAAUUACCUUCUGGGGCAAACCCUUGAAGCGGCUCAUUUAAAUGCCAUUGCCGGAUAUGAUGUAUCCAACGAUCUUUUCCAAGCUUUCCUAAGUGAGGAAAUGAUGUACAGCUGUGCUUUGUGGGGUCCAGAAGAGGGGGGGGUGCGCGGGGACAUCGAAUAUGGACCAUCUAUCCGAGAUCUGGAGACGGCACAGUUACGCAAGAUCCACCACGUACUCAUGAAAGCGCGUGUUCGACCGGGUGAUCGUGUUCUCGAAUUUGGUACGGGGUGGGGUGCUCUGGCAAUUGAGGCUGCACGGACGUACGGGGCUACUGUUGACACGUUAACCCUUUCGGCAGAGCAGAAAUUGCUCGCUGAAGAGCGGAUUGAAGCAGUAGGACUAUCGGACAAGAUCACGGUCCACCUGCUCGACUACCGAUGCUUGCCGGAUUCGUUCCACAAGGCUUUUGAUGCGUUCGUGAGCAUCGAGAUGGUUGAACACACCGGAGCUGCAUAUCAUACGACAUAUUUCAGCAUCAUUGACUGGGCGCUGAAGAAUGAUCGGGGCGCAGCAGUCAUCUCUGCUACCACGCAACCUGAGUCCCGGUACUCUGUCUGCCAAGCAACCGAUUUUGGAAGGAAAUACAUUUGGCCGAAAGCUCUUCUUCCAAGUCCCACGGCGCUCAUCACAGCUGCAUAUAAAGCCACUUCGGGAAAGAUGACGCUAGAAAGUGUUGAAGAUCAUACGACGCACUAUCCGCGCACGUUACGGGAAUGGGGACGUCGCCUGACAGCUAAGAUCGACUCCGUGAUAGCGCCGAAGCUAUCGGAACAGUAUCCGGAGUUACAGGAUCCUAGACAUCUAGAAACCUUCAGAAGGAAGUGGAUGUAUCUCUUUGCGUACGCUGAAGCUGGGUUUUCGCGCGCUUAUGCAACUUGCCACAUGUUAACUUUCGUGAGGCCGGAGAACGUCUCUGAAUUUUGUGAUUGAGAGCUUUACUCUUCGUUCGUUCUUAUUUCAACUUGGGUCAUUCGUUUUUUUUGUUACAGUUGUCAAUUUGUUUUUGUUUUUGUUUUUUUAUCCUCUGUUCUAACCGCUGUUCUCGACCUAGAAAAGCAGUUUCUAGUUUACUACGACUUUCGAAUGUUGCAAUGAGCACACGCUCAUGCUGCAGCUCAUGGUAUAUUUAUCAUCUUGUGUACGAUAGCUAUUUCGGCCACUCAAAUGGAAGAACGUACACGUGACUCUCGUC